AUGGGCGCCCAAUUUCUAAGCACGGCAGCUCAGAUGAGCAAGAAGAGAAAGUUCGUAGCUGAUGGAGUGUUCUUUGCGGAGCUGAAUGAGGUAUUGAUGAGAGAGCUAGCAGAGGAUGGGUACUCCGGAGUCGAGGUCAGGGUCACUCCAAUACGCACUGAGAUCAUCAUUAGAGCCACUCGAACUCAGAAUGUUCUCGGGACAUCUGCUUCUGAAACCGAGUACACAUCUGCUUCUGAAACCGAGGACUCAGAGUCGAAAGAGUUCGUUCUGAAUCUAGAUCACUCUAACUUCCACGAGACUGUUAACAAGCACGAUUUCAUCAUCGUCGAGUUCUACGCUCCAUGGUGUGGCCACUGCAAGAAGCUUGCUGCAGAGUAUAAGAAAGCUGCAUCUGUACUCAGUAGUCACGAUCCUCUAGUCACUCUAGCAAAAAUUGAUGCCAGUGUUGAAACGAACAAGGGACUUACAAGUGAAUUUGAGAUUAGUGGUUUCCCCACAAUUAAGAUCUUGAGAAAUGGAAAGAAGCAUAUUCAAGAAUACAAAGGACCUCGGGAUGCUGAAGAAGAUGCUAAUGCUCUUAUUGAUGGCGAAAAGAUUAUUGUCGUUGGGGUGUUUCUAGAAUUCUCUGGAGAGAAGUUUGAGAACUUUACAGCUCUUACUAAGAAAUUGCGGUCUGACUAUGAGUUUGGUCACACAUUGGAUGCAAAACUCCUGCCUCGUAGGGAAUCAUCAGUGACUGGUCCUAUAGUCAGGUUGUUCAAGCCAUUUGAUGAGUUUGUUGUUGAUUUCCAGGAUUUUAAUGUGGAUGCUCUUGAGGAGUUUGUUGAAGAAGCAAGUACCCCUAUUGUGACUCUCUUUAACAAUGACCCUAGCAAUUAG